AUGUUUGCAAGAUCCUAGUAAAGUAUAAUGAUGAAAUGUAGUGUAAAGGUUGAUAAUAAGUGGAUGGGAAUACUUCUAUUUUUUUCAGCAUCUUAACAAAUAAAUGUCAUGGAUUGUUCCUAAGAGGAUACCGUAAAUAGAAUUUGCAAUAUUGAGUUUCAGGUUUGUUUUUGCAAUAAGAUUUCUCAUUAAGGAAAAGAUAUUCAUACAAUUUUAAUGUUAUUUAACUAAAACAUUUUGAUUUCUUUAGGUAAGAAUUUUCAUGAUAUUGCACUAUAACUGACUCCUAUUAAUGGUUUCGCUUUGAUCAUAUUUUCAAGUUGA